AGAUCAGUUAGUUGAGACUCGUCUUCUUGCUGCUGCAUCUCCGCACCAAUGAGUCUACGGCUAGCCACUCGGCGGCUGGCGCUGUCAAGCCCAUCUUCUCCAACCUCAUUGCUGGCGCCGGCCAAUGGAGUUUUGCACGGAAGUGUUGGCGUACUGACUCAGCGUCGUCACAAAUGGUCGAUCAAUGUGUUCAAAGGAUGGGGUAAAUCCAGUUCCAAAGACUCUGGCGACAAAGGCCAGGACCCCUCCGCCUCUGAACUGGACGACCCCAAGAAGCGACAGCAGUUCUUGCAAAGGAAUAUGCGGGGUGGAGUUGAAGACAACAUUUUCCAGGACGAGAUUGAGGCCUCAAAACCGGCACCCGAUUCUCCAGCCGCCCAGACGUCAGAGGAAAGGACGAAGGAGAGCCUGGCAAUGGUAGUCGAUCCAGAUGCUCGGAGCCGUAUCCGGUGGCAGCGAAGAAAAGUCAUCCAAUCAGUGCGCCGAAACGGACAACUGACGAGGGAGGAGAGAAUCAAAAUGACCGAGCGCGAACUCAUUCACAAGAGCGACUUUUUCCCAACCAGCGUCAAGAAACUGGUUAUGUUGGCACGACAGAUUGCCGGCAAGCCAGUCGAUGAAGCUAUUCAGCAAAUGAAGUGGUCAAAAAAGAAGUUUGCGGCCGAAGUUAAAUAUCACUUGGAGGAGGCGCGGGACAUGGCCGUUGUCCAGCGUGGCAUGGGCCUUGGAAAGGUCAACGGUGACAUCCUGGACAAGCCUCGCAAGGUGCGAACCAAGGAUGGCAAAUGGAUGGAGAUUGUGGACCCGACGCGCCUGUAUGUUGCGCAGUCAUGGGUUGGGCGAGGCCCCUGGCGUGGAAAGGAGCUCGACUAUAAGGGACGAGGGAGAAUGGGUGUCAUUCAGCAUCCCAGCACCAGCUUUACAGUCAUUCUGAAAGAGGAAAAGACCAGAAUCCGGGAAUAUGAAGAGGAGAAGGCCAAGGAGGCGCAAAAGGGCCCCUGGGUUCAUUUACCGAACCGCAAGGUCCAUGGCCAGAGACCGUACUAUUCCUGGUAGAGACAAGAGACUGAGGCUGGUUGAAAUUCGAAAGCAAUAGAGUUGGCAUGACAAUGAGCAUGUACCUGUAUCAACAUAUGUACAAUGAAAAGAAACAACACACUCGGGCAACUGGAUAGAGUUGAUCAGUUCUGGUUUCCUGCACCAUGUAACUUCAGACUCUUUGAACAGUAUCCGUACUCAAGAAAUUAAGAAUACACACACCCAGUAUUAACU